AUGGACAUGUCUAAUCCUCCGAUUACGCCUGCAUUGAUCUCAUUUCUGAAAGAUCUGCAAAUUGUUAACAUGAACGAACCAGCGAUGCUCGCGUUGAUGAUGUACGACUAUCUGCUCACACUAGCCGACGAGGUCGAGUUGGUGUGGAAGCGGCCAUUUACCGGCAUCACCUUACUUUUCUUAAUUAAUCGCUACUUCGCGCCGAUGGAGAUGAUCGUGCUGACCGUAGCCUUUCAAAGCAACUGGCCGAUGGAGUUGUACGCAAGGUUUUGUGUCAACGAUUCUCGCGUUACGAGGGAGCAGGAUAUGCAGCAGUUACCGGAAUAUGCCAAUGUAAGAAACCUCUUCUGUCGCACGAGCCAACAAGUUCUAAUCGAAGAAUAUCCAGUGAUUAUGAUAAUUCGCGUCUACGCGCUCUUCGGGAAGAGUCGCCCUGUGUUGGUUGGUCUCAUCCUCGUGUUCUUGGCGCAGGUAGCCGUGCAAGCCCGAGUUCUCGUCACCGGAGUCGCGCUCAAGGUCCCGAUAUUGGCGGGCUGUAUUCUUGUCGGGAGGACGCAACUGUUUACGGGACUUUGGAUAGCUCCGCUCGUCACGGAUGGCUGCAUAUUCUUUUUGACACUGUGGCGGUCAAGGAUCUAUUUCAACCGGGCUGCGCGCAUGCCGAUGCUUCAGCUCUUUCUCAGGGACGGUGUAGCCUAUUUCUUCGUCAUUUUUGGCUCAAACCUGCUCAACGUCAUCAUGUUCUUGGCCGUCAGCGCUGAGCCCCUAAGGCCAUUCUUCGCGCCGGAGGCCCAAGCAAUAACCUCGAUAAUGGUUUCUCGCAUCGUUCUCAACAUCCGAUCGUUCUCUCAAGACGCAGUUAUACCCCUGGCCAGCCUCUCGAGAUCAGAAAAUCGGUGA